GUAGCCCUCAAACUUCCACUUGAGCCCCGCCUACCUCGAACUAUAACUACCGCAAGCAGCCAUUCAACCACCCUCGUCCUAGUCAUCCUCACUUUCUUCCCAUGCCCUCUGAAUACCUACUCGGUGAUUCUCCGCCGCUUGAAAUUCAGCCAUCUCAAGUGAAGCUAUGUGCUCAGUGUCAUCAUUCGGUGGACCCAGGGGCAUACGUUUUUAUUCCAGGAGCAGAGGCUAUUCUCUGUGCUGGGUGCCUUUCUUCACGCUCACCAGUGAUACAGCAAUCUUCACCAAUUGAUGUUGAUCCUCGGUCUACCCCACGGCCCUUGUUUUCCACGCGAGAAGAUAGCGGAAUAAGCUGCUCAUUCGAUAGCGACAUUGAGAUAGCCUCCUCCGACUGCACGACGCAACCCGACUGUCUCUAUCAUGAGAGAGAGAUAUCCUCUUCAUUCCCAUCCAAGCCAUCAUUGCCAACAGGCAACGUCACAACUCCCUCCGUUGUCAUUUCCCAAAAUCCAGUGUCUUCGUCGUCCUCCCCUGCCACCACCAGCUAUCAAAGGAGGAAUAAUCGGGCCUCACUUUCCCCUAGUCCACUUACAGAUAUAACGCAUCUACGUGUGCGGUCGCAAGGGUAUCACUGUCUGUACCCUGGCGCUACCUUCCAGGGUACACAGAAGAGUGGGAGGAACAGCUACGAAGUGAAUGUUACGAUUGUGGAUGUCGACUUUUCAUCCUCAUUCCUAUGCGGUUAUCUUCGCAUUUGUGGUCUCACCCAUGACUGGCCGGAAUUGACUACCUACUUUGAUGCGGAGAUUAUAGGGAGUCGGUAUGGAUUCUUGACGCAAAGCUGGGGAGCAACUGAACAAGAGGACCUUGUACACUGGUCUCGUUUCCCCGCAUUCCGACAUGUGAAGCAUGAACUUCAGAAACCUCAGUUGACGAUGUGUGAUAGGGAUCGAGGAGCUGUGUUCAUGAGGUGGAAGGAGAGGUUCUUGGUGCCAGACCAUCGGGUACAGGAUAUUAGUGGUGCGAGCUUUGCUGGUGAGUGGUCGCGUUAUUGGCCUGGCAGUGACACUGAGCUUUUUGCUAGGCUUUUAUUAUGUCUGCGUCGAUUUCAACCCUUCGACAUCAAAACUUUCAGAACAUGAACCCAUGCCGUUGACACCUGAGAAUGGCGAAGUGGACACUGCUACGCUGUCAUCUCCAUCCAAAGUGGACUGCUCCCGUCGACGUGAUUCGAGUACUCGACGACGGGGGCGCUCGACUUCUGCUACUCGGCCUCACACCACACCUGUGGCGACCAUGAGUGGAUUUUAUUAUCAUCAAAAUUCAGAACCGUACCAACAACUUUCGUUGUGUCAUGUGCCAGAACGUACUAGCUCCAGUUCUGAGUUUGCCUGAGGACUCGACAAACGGAGGCUCACUACGGACGACAAUAGCUCGGUGGCAAUGUUUACCCUACUCUCGACUUCUCAUACCGUAUACUCUCUAUACCUGUUCUGUACUAUCAGUUUCGUUAUCUCAUUUGCUGUCGUUUCCGUUCCUUAGUAGCCGACGGGACGUUAUUACCUCCGUCGGAGCGAAUGCUACCUCCGC